GUCGUUUUCGUUUAUCUCCUCAAGAUGAUGUCCUUGCUGGCUGUGCUCAGCUUUUUCACGCUCCUUUCCACGACUGCUCGGGCGCACAUUGCCAUAUGGCAUCCCUCCAUGUGGGGAUUCAACGUCACUGCCCAGACGUACAGUUACGAUAACCGGCCGGUCACCCCGCUCAUGAACUAUACCUUCCAACAGUGGUGGUUCCACGGCCAUCUCGAUCAUCCGCCUAACCCUGGUGACUUUUUUGAGCUCCCGGCGGGCCAGACGACCACGGCUGAGCUUGCCUGUGAUAAGGGAGCCACGACCUGGUUCAACUCAUCCCAAGGUGGAGACAUCCGUGAGCCGAGCAACCCUAACGAUCCUUGUCCGGGCUCGCCCAUGAGCGAAUAUCAUACGACCGGUAUAAAUGACCUUUUUGGAUGCUCGAUGGCGAUCGCAUACAAGAGCGACGUCACGCAAGUACAGCCCGAAGACUUUACCGUGUUCAGUGUCAACCAAACUUGCGUUUGGACCCGCUUCACCGACUUCCAAGUACCUGCGGCGAUGCCCUCAUGUCCAGAAGGCGGCUGCAUCUGCGCAUGGUUUUGGAUACAUUCCCCCGAUAGUGGCGGCGAGCAGAAUUACAUGAAUGGUUUCAGGUGUAACGUCACGGGUAGCACAUCGAACGUUGCUCUUGCUAAGUCUCAAGUACCACGCCGCUGUGGGGCAGACCCAGCCAAUGGCAAGAUGCAAGCGGAUCCUGGCAACUGUACGUAUGGUGCGAAGCAGCCGUUUUACUGGUUCCAGCUAGAACAGAACAACAUGUUCGAAGGGACUUAUUCUCCUCCGCGGUAUCUGGAUAUGUACAAUUUCCCGGACGGCGCCCAGUUUGACAUCUUCGAGAAUUCUUACCCUAACGGCAUCCCGCCACCUGGUCCCAAUUCUACCGUAGUCCCAACUCCAGUGCCGUUCAACACCGCCGCUCCCUCAGCUACUUCUGCACCUUCUCUGUCGUCGACCGCCUCGAUCACCUCCACCACCGGCUCCUCGCAGCCCUCCAGCUCAGAUCCUCCCAAUUCGAACUCGACAUCCCAAGGCAGUGGCCUGAAGAUGUGUAAACGCGAUGCGGGCUUGAGUAGUUCUUCGGGGCCCAAAUUAUUUUCACAGUCCAUGUCGUUCAUAUCUGUGCCUGGCUUGCAUAGUCAUCGCAAGAUGAAAACUCGAUCCUCUCUCUGGAACGUCUUCUGAUACCC